AGUGAUAAAAUGAUAUUUCCACCACUGCCACAGGGAUGUAUUUGUUCACAAAUACAACUAAACACAUUUUACUUUCUGAAUUGAGUUUACAUACCUGAUUAUGCUGAUGUGACUCUGGCGCAAUAAUAAAAAUUCAUGUACAUCAGAGUAUCCUCAGCCCUUAGUUGGGCUGGAAAAACAAUGUAGUCUAACUUUAUCUCACAUCCUUCCUGUUUUCAACUUUCCUUCCGCAGUAGGUAGCCUGGAGCUCUAAAUUCUCCAUGAGCCAGCCACCAUUUUGACAUCAUCUACUGCAUGACAACAUGGCCUGUUUGAAACUGACUGUGUUUGUACCUAUGAAGGUAAUGUCUUUGACUAUUUUUAUGUCAUUUUUUUUCCUAUUUUUUAUUAAGACAGGAGUUUGCAUGAAGCAGACUGGCACUUGUAGGCCUAUAUGUGCUGGGGCUGACUGCAUAACUGUUAACCAGGACAGAGUGGAUUUUGAAACAGCUGAAGAAACAUGUCGUAACAGGAAUGGAGAAUUAAUGACAUUUCAGGCUGAGACGGAUGAGAGCCUUCUUGACAUUUUGAAUCAAGAAUUGUAUGGGAACUUCUGGAUUGGACUGCGUUUACCAGCUGACGCCUGCAGCAACCUUUCAGCUCCACUGAGAGGCUAUGACUGGACCUCUGUUGGUGUGCACAGGAACUUUAUUCCAUCCUUCAGCACCUGGAAAGAGAAUGUUAAAGUCUGUUCUCCACACUGUGUGUCACUUUCAAAUGAUCAAAAGUGGACCGAGAGGCUGUGCUCAGACAAAACUGAUGGGUUUCUGUGCAAAACAAACCACAAAGACGCAUGCCAGGUACAAGAAUUAUCAGAUCCAAAUGUUUUCCAGAGUUCUAAUGGCUGUUUAGAUGGUCCUUGUGAGCAUCAAUGCACAGUUGUCAAAGGAGGUUAUAUAUGCUCUUGUUUCAAAGGAUAUAUCCCAGAUAGUACGGACCCGAGGCAGUGCAAAAUACACUGUGCAGAGGAGAUUUGCCCUUUAUCAUGUGAGUCGCGUGAUGUAUGCUCCUGUCCAGAAGGCUAUAUAAAAAAUGAAGAUUAUUGUGAGGACAUUGAUGAAUGUUCGAUGCAGGAAUGUGAUCAAGAGUGUAAUAACACUUUUGGAGGUUUUUUCUGCUCCUGCCGGGAAGGAUACAUACUUAAAGAUAAAGUCAAAUGCGUCAAAUCGGGGGGCAGUCAACAUCUUGUCGACACCCCUCAGAUUGUCACAGGUUUUGUGCAGCCAACUGCUAAAAAUAAUACUCAGAAGGCCUCCUCUGCAUCUGCUGGUAGUUUUAUUUGGAUAUGGAUUUUUAUUGCUGUGGCUAUGGUGGUGUUAAUAUGUGUGGUAAGGUUGUAUGUUGUUAAACGUCAGAAGCACAGAGAGAGAAGUUCCAAUCAAAAGUCUGCUGCUGUUGACAACACUGACUGUUAAAUCCAGUCUAAAACACUACUAGCAUCGAUUCCACUGGUUGUAUAUAUUUACAGUCUGUGAGACUUGUGAACUUUGUACUCUGUUACAUUUAUCAGUGGGCGGCAGUUACUGUGGUUACUUGGACUAAGUGAGCUUUUACAAGCCAAAUGUAUGCUAAGCUUGUAAAUAUAUGAUUUAUGAUGUAACAUGAAACUAUUUAAAUUUGACAGAAAUGUGUUAAUUUGGCAAUGUUUCAAAUGAUUCAGCAUAUUUAGAGUAGUUUUUGCAAAGAGAAAGGAAACUAUAUCAAUAAAAAUAGAAAUUGAAUCAAAAUUUAAAUCAGUAACGGUAUGCAAAUGUAAGCAAUAACAUGUAAACUGUCAGCCAUUCUCAUUUUACAAGCUUAGCAUAACAUUUUGUAAAUAAAAUGUUAUUCUGCAAAGCAAUUCUCAGGUAAGACUGACAGAUAAAUGUGCAGAAGUCAAGGAAAAAGUAGUCUCACAAAAUGAAAAUCCUAUGGUAAAAGUGCCAGUUUUCUUGAAAAGUUACUUAUCUGAGAAUUGUAUGUAAGUAAUGUAAAUGUACUGAUACAUUCCAAUGCUGUCUCCUUCGUUAUAUAGACACUCAUAUUUGAGCAUAUGCUUGUUGUAAUUUUGGUGGUGUGACAUGAAAUUAAAGUAUGCAUUGAUUUAUUCAUGUAUAAUGGUCCAUGCUGUAUACUGUAAUCUUCUCUUAGAGUGCCAUCUACUGUGUUUUUGAACAAACUGCAAAGGAAGGUGGAAAAACCCAGCUAACGACACACAUGUCUUUAUCUUGAAAUCAUCUCCUGCAUUGAAGCACCUACAAGUGAUGUGCAUAAUUCUUCUUAGUGAAUCAUGUUGUAGAUAAUCAUUUGAUGAGAAUUUAUUGCUCAUUCCAGUACAGCAUUACAGUACAACAGGCGUUUUACCAAACAAUACAUUUCCAAAGGCAAAUAGGUCUUUUUAACAGCCAUUUUUGAUAAUAACCAUAAAUUGAUAAGAUAACACCUGUGCUUUUCACACAAUAACAAGUAAUAAAGUCUGCUGUGAAAAGGCCUGUUGCAUCAUUUAUAUGUUGUUAAAUGUUACAAUAUUUUUUAUAUAACUUUAUUUUUCAAAAUGCGAGGG